CGUUACUCCCUCGCUUUUUCUUUUUUUUGCACCCUCUUGUAUGUCUUCUUUAUAAACUCUUCAAUGGAAACAAAAGCCAGAUGAAUAUGUAAAGAACAAACGAAUGCAGCAAAAUAAACAAAACCCAGAACGACAAAAGGAUCAAGACCUAUAAUCUAUCUGAAAACAUAUGCAUAUAAGUUUGUGUGGAAUUGGUGGUGGGAGAAGGAGAGAGUGAAUAUGAUUGGUGAAGCAAAAGUUGGGAAUGAAGACUUGAACUUAUGCUUUGAGAAGCUGAUGAUGGUUGCAGCUGGGAAUAGUGAGGGAGUUAAGAUGAAUGGUGUGGGGAUCACUGAGUGGAAAGAUAUCCCUGUGGAGCUGCUGUUGAGAAUCGUUUCACUACUCGAUGAUCAGACCGCUAUCGUUGCUUCCAGUGUCUGUAGUGGGUGGAGGGAUGCCAUUUGCUUGGGCCUCACACAACUCUGUCUCUCAUGGUGUAGAAAGAACAUGAACAAUUUGGUUCUAUCUCUUGCACCUAAAUUCACCAGAUUGCAAACUCUGAUAUUGCGCCAAGAGAAUCCACAGCUCGAGGACAAUGCUGUCGAGACUAUUUCAAAGUUUUGUCACGAUCUGCAGGACCUGGACCUCAGUAAAAGUUUCAAGCUUAGUGAUCGCUCCUUGUAUGCAUUGGCUCACGGUUGUCCUAACCUUAAAAAGCUUAACAUCAGCGGCUGCACAUCAUUCAGCGACGAAGCUCUCGCGUAUUUGACUAAUUUUUGUCGAAAACUAAAAAUAUUAAAUCUGUGCGGAUGUGUUAAAGCUGCAACUGACCAUGCACUGCAGGCUAUUGGACGAAACUGCAAUAUGUUGCAAUCUUUGAAUCUGGGAUGGUGUGACAAUGUUGGCGAUCUCGGAGUCAUGAGUUUAGCAUACGGAUGCCAUGAUCUCCGAUGCCUGGACCUGUGUGGUUGUGUUCGUAUAACAGAUGAUAGCGUGAUUGCUUUAGCAAAUGAGUGUCUCCAUUUGAGGUCGCUCGGACUGUACUAUUGCCGUAACAUCACGGACAGGGCGAUGUACUCAUUGGCUCACAGCCGAGUGAAGAACAAAGGUUUGACGUGGGAGUCGUCGAUGAAAGGUAGAUAUGAAGAUGAUGGUCUAAAAAGUCUGAAUAUAAGCCAGUGUACGGCACUGACUCCAUCAGCAGUUCAGGCUUUAUGUGACACAUUCCCUGCACUUCAUACCUGCUCUGGAAGGCACUCCCUUGUUAUGAGUGGUUGCUUGAACUUAACCUCCGUGCAUUGUGCUUGUGCGGUUCAAGCUCACCGGACCUUCAACACUAUUUUCCACACAGCUCAUUGAAGGAUAUGUUCAACGUUCAUAUCUAUAAAUAUUGAUUUUUACAUAUAAAAGAAUGCAGAGAAACUUUUAAACUCAUGGUAAUAAUCAUUGUCGUUGUAAAUAUUUUUAUUAUUUAUAAAAAAUAUUAAAAAGUAUUAUUUGACAGAA